AUGUCUUUCCAGGAGAAGACUGGUAGUGGCAACGUCGGGUCCUACGUAGCUGCUUCAUGGGCAUUGUCCAUGAUAGCGGCCCUAACUCUGCUCGCCCGAUACAGCAUCAAAUCCUGGAUCCGCUGGGCCAUCCCUAAAGUCAGCUCGCCGGAGCGCCUAUGGGGGAUCGAAGACCUCUUUUACUUCCUCAGUUAUAGCUUCGAUCUCACGCAGAUGGUUUUGUUCCAAAAGAGCUUUGACUCCGGACUCGGGUGUCCCGCAUCGACCUUGACUGGGCUCCAAAUCAGUGACACCUUGAAGUAUUCGUAUAUCGGCCAAGUCAUUGAGGUCAUUGCUUCGAUGCUCGCUCGGAUUGGAAUCAUGUGCUUUCUGCUGCGGUGCUUCAACGGGACUGACAUGCGCCUCCGCGUCACCAUCCUGAUUUGUAUCGCGGUGCAAAUCAUUGUCAAUCUGGCAACGGACUUACAAGUUCUCUUGAUGUGCGGUUCCAGCACUUCUCACUCGGCCAACCGACUUGCGUAUUUCCGCUAUAUUUGGGAUCCCCUCCCGCCGGAUGGGUCUGUUGUGUGCCAGCAACCCGUCUCGCAACUGGUCACCGGAUUUGUCCAAGGAGGAUUCAACACCGCGCUCGAUUUCUUCUUGGCUAUUCUUGCCGGGGUCCAGCUCUGGCGCUUCCCACUGGCCCGUAAAGAUUGCAGUCACUCGUUUAUUUCGCGCUUCAAGAAGCUUCCUCGGGAGGCUCGCAACCGGCGCUUGUGGCAAACUGGUGCAAUCAGUGGACCGCUGCUACUCUCGGGAAUCGCAUCCCUGGUCAAGACGACCGUAUGUAGGGUGAGCGUUCCUCGCAGCCAGGCGAAGGUUUUGGCUAACCGGUCGGUCGUGCAGCAACUCUAUACGGUUAAUAGCUUUGAUGCCAUGGCUCAUGCUAUUGCACUAUUCAUUCUAUUAGUGAAAAUUGAGAACGCCUGUCUCUUGAUCGCUCCGUGUGCACCGGUAUUUCGAUUACUGUUUUCGUUGGUGUUGAAGACCAGCGUCCGAAAUUCCGGAUACCCCUGGUAUGGCAAUCAGUCCGGUUCAGGCGGCCAAGCGCUGGAGUUGGAGACCGUCCCACAUACUCAAGUGCAGGGAACUGUGGUUAUGUCAACGAUGGACAAAAACAGCCAAACCGAACCGAGUGAAGCUGUAAUUGUUCGAACCGAUAUCGUGGUGGAAUAUGGCUCGGAACGAACCGCUUAG